AUGGUGCUGUCGCCGAGUCGGCCGACGACGCCUGGCAGGACCGGUGUCUGGGAGCCGCUGCCAGCGUUUAUAUACGGAUAUGCGGUCCACCCGCUCUCGCCCUCCCAUCGGGACACGCGCAUCUCGCACCGGCCGCGGCUGUCGACGGUGACGGAGAGCAGCGUGGGAGAGUCGUCGUUCCUGCACCGGGACGUGGUGUCGCUGGAGGUGGGCGACGAGGUGUACGCCUUUGAGCGGUAUAAUGGGCGGGAGGGCGAGUGGUACCGCGGCUACGUCGUCUGCACGACGAGGAGACCGGCCGUGGUGUGGAACGCGGUCGACGCCGGCCCGAAGCUGGAGGAGGCACAGCAGGUGUUUAUUGGAAUAUUCCCGGCUUCGCACAUCCACCGCCGCGACGAGCUGCCGGACGCAGAGGGCCGCCUCGCGCUCGUCGCCCAGGAGUUCGCCCAGGGAAAGCGCCCGCCGCCGUCGAUCAUCGACGACAGGGAGAGCCGCAAGAGCUUCAAGCUCGGCCCGCCUCCCGAUCAGGCGGGCUCCUCCCGCGCCGGCCUCUCGGUCUACCCGGCCAGCGUACGGAGCGCGUCCCCAGAGAGCCAUCUCGCCGGCAAACCCCUCCCGCCCAGGCCGACGCUCAAGCCGGGAGACGAGACCGAGAGCGGGGCGCUGCAGCCGAUCGUGGACGAGAUUGCGAGCGCGCUCAGGGAAUGGCAUAUGCUCAUGUUUCAAUACCUCGCAAGACGCGACUACACAAAGUUCAAUAUCGUCAAGGACCAUAUCGACGCUCUGCAUCUCGCCCGACGGCAGCUCCUGGCCAAUACACUCAGCGCAGAAGAAACGGCCGCUCUACGCGCAGAAUGUGUUACCCGUCUCGUAGCUGGCAACCUCGUACAAGGUCAAGACGUCAUCGUCCGCCACCCUCAAGGCGGAGGUCUGGUAACCGUCGACGUCGAAGGCGAGCUCGACCCCCGAAAUUGGAUGUCUACAGUCCGGAUGUUCGCCCUCCAAGCCUCUCUAGCCUACAUGUCCCCCGACUCCGCGAAACCUGCUCUACCCUCCCCAACACCCAUGCGAACACAAGCGAGCUUCGAGAACUUGUCCUCCGUACCCUUGCCAACCCCAGCGCUCAGCGCCUUCCCCGAGUUCGCCGGGCGCUCUCCCGUGCCAAAGUCCGCGGGCGUAACGAGUCCGAGGUCUUUCGGACCUGGGACGCCCAUAGACUCGCCUAUCACGUCUUCGUCACCCGAUGCAGUCAAAUUCUUCCACGUCUUCCUCGAAUUACGCGCGUUCGUCGCUAGCCCGUGCGCACCGGGAGAGACAGCCGAGCUGUUCUUCUCGCUGUACAAUAAACACGAUGCCCGAUUCGUGACGGAGGAGUUCUGCGCCGUGCUCAACCAUAAUGGGGUCAUGGCGCGCGAUCCAACAUCGCGAGUACGAACCCUCUUCGCGGAGCUCGCACCAAGCGAUGUCGAGCACCCUCUGUUCCUCGUCUGUCGCAUCGUGCGGAACGGUGCUCUGAGGAUGGGAAACGCUGCAUCGAGCUCUGAGCUGAACCGACGAACUUCCGGCUCGGUGUACAACGAGAAGGAUGGGCUUGGACCCGAGGGCAUCACCAGUCCUCGUCUAGGCGGCGGGAAAGAGCUCAAUGGCAGUGGCGCUGAAGCACCUUUCCGGCGACCCUUCGGCUGUGCAGUGCUCGAACUCAGCCAACUAGGGAGGAUGGGCCCAGACCAGGACUCCAGUGCUACGAGGGAGUACACGAUGCCCAUAUUCAGCCCCGUCAAUGAGGCCAUCUUCUCCAUGCUUCAUCAAGAUAUCAUCGCUGGGAACAACAGGGAGUUCGAGAAGACGAAUAGGGCAGACCACAUGGCCGUAUCCAUCAAAGUCUUCCACGGCAACACAGACCGUAUUACACGCGAAAACACCACUCUCCUCCAAGACACUCCGCGCACACUGCGCCUUGGCUUUGCGGACGUUGUAUUCCCCGGCGAUACGCGCAACGAGCUCUACAUCAAGCUCUGGUCAGGCGAAUUCCCCUCCGCACGAGACAAGUCCGUCCGCGGCUCCGUAUCGCCCUUUGUCCCGCGAGCAGGCAACGGCGGUGGAACGAACAACAUUCAGGUCUCCCUUGAAAUUCGAGAUGGAGAAGGGAAGCCGAUCCCGGACGCACUGUGUGCGGGCGCAGGUCAACCGCCUAUCCAGACCUUCCACUCUCUGGUGUUCGCGCGCAACUCGCAACCCACUUUCGGCGAAUUGAUCAAAGUUGCCCUUCCGCACCGCGCACUCCCGCGGUGGCACCUCUUCUUCACGUUCCGCCAACGUCGCCCGGGCUCAACGUCCACCCUCGAUCGCCCCUUCGCGUUCGCGUUCUUACCGCUCAGCAUGAAAGGCGCGCAUACGUUCUUGGAAGAUGGAGGACACACGCUCGUGUUGUAUAGAGCGGAUAAGAUGGCCCAGUUGACGCCGGACAUAUACCUUGAUGCCCCGAGCGCUCUACCGCCAGAUGGGCGCGAGAUGCAGCCGAUCCCUCCUGAUAUGGCUCGUAUCGCGCCGGCGUUGCGCGACGUGCUCGUCAUUCGUUCCUCGCUCUGCUCCGCGCGACAUACGCAGAACACGGUGCUGCUCAGCCUGCUACACUGGCAAGCACUUCAAACCGACCCUCCCUUGCUCAAGGACGCCCUCGCGAAGUUCACGUUCGUCAACCCCGUGGAGAUCGUCAAGUUCCUGAGGGACGUGUUCGACGCGCUGUUCGAAAUAAUGACGUCUCAGGCGAACGCCGAUAUGAGCAACGGGAUGGAUCCGCCGGCGUUCGACGCGCUUGUAACCGUUCUCGGUAUCGUGCAAGAUCGGCGCUUCUCCAACUUCAGACCUGUACUGGACGUAUACAUCCGCGAGCACUUCCACCACCCUCUCGCCGGUGGCCAUCUCCUCCAGAGCCUCAACAGACUUCUGCUGAACCCUACGUCAAACGAGACUGCUUCACAACUACGCGCAGCGCUCAAAGUCUGGCCACAUAUCUUCGCACUGAUCGCACGCGCAAGGGAGCUGCAGAAGGAGAGGGACUCGAAUGUCGGCGCAGCGGCUACAGCCGACCAUCUGGAGCAUCAGUACCGUCGCGAGCUGAAGAACCAUCUAAGCGAAGUGGGACGCAUGAUGAGCACCUCAUCACCACCGAGCAUCAUCGGCCAGCAAACCCUCGCACUCCGCACCUUCCCCAAGGUCUUACCCGCACUCGGCGGUGCAUUCCAGCCUCUCGAACUUGUGGGUCUUGCGGUACAAUUUGCGAAUGCGCUUCCGGGUAGUCAGGAAAAGGGAAAGCUGGCCAUCGAGAAGUUGGUGCUGUAUCUGAAGCUGGUCAAAUCGAGCCUGUUCACGGAUCAGCAGGCGCGCGCGGCGUUGGUCGAGACGGUCGUCAUAUGGUUGAAGCCGCACUGUGGAGCGUUCGAGACGCAUGCGAGGGCGUUGGGGUUGGACGAGGAGGACGCGCCGGAGGGAAGUGCGAGGAGAGAUGCCGCGAGGGUUGGAUGGUUGGAGAGGAUACGGCUCUGCGUGGGAAUCGUGGCUGUCAUGCUCGAUGCUUUACAGGCGAAACUCGUGGACCCGGCUAUUGCGUCCGAUCGGAGGGCGCUGAGGCAGGAACAGGACAAUGUCGAGUUCUUGCUAUCUCUGCUGCCGAGGUUGCUCGAGAGUUACGCGGAGUUUACGGACGCAAGGAAUGCGAGCGCUUUGGAGAGGACGAGGGGCAGCGCGACGGCCCCGGCGAGCGUACCGGUUAUAUUCCCCGAGAGCUACCCCUUCAGCCUCGUCGCGUUCCUGCCGGGAUCAACAACAGGCCUGUUCAGCCCCGCUCAGAGCGAGACCGCAGUUGUACUGCUCGCGCUGAUCCUGAGCAGCCCCAAGAAACACCUCGUGAACUUCUUCGACAGCAUCCUGGAGAUCGAAGGACGAUUGCACUUUUCGAGGUUGUUGAGGGCGCUAUUCGACGCUGGCAAGAGCAUGCUCGACAACGCCGCUUGGCCCCGCAACUGGCUGAACGUCAAUAUCCUUGCUCACAAAGUGCUCGUGCGCGCAAUGGACGCCGCGUCUGUGCUCCUCGUGCGCUCGUUCGUCCCCGGCCAGUCGCCCGAUGGCGAGGACUUCCCGUUCGAUAGGGAGCUAUGGACGGAGGGACUGCAGAUGCUGCUCAAGUUGCUGAGCAGCGAUCAGCUGUUGAUCGAGGAGCUUACGAGCCAGAAGAGGAGGGCGGUGUGGAGGCUGGCGGGAGAUAUUCGUGGAGAUGGCGCGGCUAUCUUGCUCGUGCUAUGGGAUGCGCUCGGGUUGCCGGAGCAUAUCUGCGAGAGCCAUGGUGUUGUUACGCGGUUCGGGAGCUUCCAAACCGAACUCGCUGGACUGGUCGGACCCGUCGUCGACCUCUGCGUCUCUCAUCACGAUCAACUGCGGAACAACGCCGUCCAGAUGCUCUACAGCAUGAUCAUCUCCCAAUGGCACGCGCACGGCCACUUCUCAGCCAUCGAGAACGAGCUCGUGUCCAAGCUGGACGGCUUAUUCAUGUCGGGCGCUAAAGGCGAUGACGUCUCGCGCGCGUUCUUCAUCACGCAACUGCGCCAACUGUUCGAGAGCAGUGCGGUGGACAAGCAGCUGCAGCUGAGGGUGGCGGAGUUCAUGGAUAGCGUGGAUCAGUUCUUGGAGCUGUUGCUCAGUGUGCGGGCGUUGCCGGAGGGAGAGGAGUAUGCGGAUGACAGGGUCAUUGCGACGUUGAGGUUGAUGAACUUCAUUCGGCGGAUUGGGAGGAACGAGAUGUACAUCAAGUAUGUGCAUCAGCUGGUCAAUAUGCACCUCCAGGCGCAGAACUACGUCGAGGCGGCUCUCACGCUCAAGCUUCAUGCGGAUCUGCACGAAUGGGAUCUCAACUCAUUUGCCGAGCCUAUGGAGGACCUUGGCUUGCCUCAGCAAUCCCAGUUCCAUCGCAAGGAGACCCUUCACCUGCUCAUCCUAGACUACCUCGGCAAGGGCAAAGCAUGGGAGAGCGCGAUCGAGAUGUGCAAGGAACUCGCGUACCAGCACCAAGAGGUGACGUUCAACUAUGGGCGUUUGGCGGAGAUCAUGCGCCACCAGGCCAGUCUCCUGGAGCUCAUCGUCACCGAGCAGAGGUACUACCCCGACUACUUCCGCGUCGCGUUCUAUGGCAACUUCCCGACCGCUAUCCGCAACAAGCAGUUCAUCUACCGCGGUUUCGACUGGGAGAAGUUCGGCGCAUUCUGCGAGCGUAUGCUUGGGAAACACCCUGGUGCACGGCUGCUGCGUUCUGCGGGAGACCCUCCUGUCGACAUUCGCUUCGGCGGAGACCAGUACAUCCAGUGUGGUCCCGUCACGCCCGAGCCGGACCAAACCUUACCCAUAUUCACCAAUCCGGACGUGCCCAUCGCAGUUCGCACGUACUAUGAGCACAGCGCGAUCCGUCUCUUCAGCUCGUCGCAUCCUGUCGUCAAGCUCGACCGCGAAGGCAACGAAGAAUCUUGGAUUGAGAAGACGUAUUACACAACUGAAGAGAGCUUCCCAACUGUCUUGCGGCGUUCCGAGAUCCUCUCUGCUGAGCUCAUCGAGAUCUCGCCUGUGGAGACGGCGUUACACGAAGUCGAACAGCGCAACAAGGAACUUGGCGCACUCAACAUCCGCUACGCAGGUCUCGCGCGCACGGGUCAAAUCGUCAGCACCAACCCGCUGAGCAUGACGCUCAACAGCGUAGUCGAUGCGCCUGCUAGCGGCGGCAUCACCUCUUACCGCGACACCUUCCUCGCUCCUGAUUACCUCGAGCGCUUCCCCGAGCGCGUGGAGCACGUUGAAAAGCUGCGCGAUGCGAUAGACACGCAAGUCCGGAUCAUCGAUAGCUGUCUACGCUUGCAUGGUCAGCUGUGCCCGCCCGAGAUGCUUGGGUUCCAUGAUACGCUCGAGAAGUUCUUCCGCAAGAACUUCAGCGAGGAGAUUCACCGGUUGACGUUCGACGGGCCAGCGGAGCAACAUCCCGCUGUUACCGGUACGCGCUCGCGCAAGCCAUCGGAAGCUUCGCCAUAUGCGGCAGCUUCUGCGCGCAUGCAAAGCGACGCGAUCAGUAUCGCGCCAAGCGUUGCGACCACUCAUCGAGGCGGUGGAGGCGGCGCACCCGCAUUCCCUGUCCCGCCGUUGCCCUCGCGCGCGAGUGUCAUCAGCAGCCCGAGCAGUCUUGGUACGAUCGACGCUGGAACAUACGGUACAGCCAUGAGCAGCAUGAGCUACGGCAUCGUGGCGGGCUCCCGCUCCGAUUCACUGGGCGCAGGCAGCAAGCAGACACCGCUUCAACGAGGACUCGCUCGGCUCACUCGGCAUGGCAUGAACGGCGUCGCUGGUGGCGCGGUCGGCGACGGCAGCGACGGCGCGAGUGUGGCCGAAAGCCCGAGCGAUAGCUUCGUUAACGUGAGCCAGAGUACCGGCAGCGUGGCUGCUCACGGCGCCAUUGGCAGCAGCGCGAGCAUUGUCGGGAGUAUCAGCGGGUCGAUAAAAGGACGCUUCUCGAGGCUGGGCGCUAUGAGCUUUGGGCGCGGAUGA